CUCGCCCACCCUCAGCCAUGGCUCCCAGGCAGCUCGCGUGGUUGCUCCGCCUGGCUGCGUUCUGCCAUCUGACCAUCCUGCUGGCCGGACAGCACCUCAGUGUGACAAAAUGCAACGUCACCUGCCACACGAUGACCCGGAGGAUCCCAGAGUGGUUGCUUAUCCACUAUCGGCACAACCAAGAGUCCUGCGGCAAGCGUGCCAUCAUCUUGGAGACGAGGCAGCACAAACUCUUUUGUGCUGACCCAAAGGAGCCAUGGGUGCAGGACGCCAUGAAGCAUCUGGACCGCCAGGCUCUUGCUCAAAAUGGCGGCACAUUUGAGAAGCAAAUCGGCGUGGUGAAGCCCGGGACCACCGCGACAGCCGGGGGAACAUCCCAGCCUGCACUCGCAGAACCCAAAGCCACAGGGGAAAGCAGUAGUUUGGAGCUGACUGCUUCUUCCCAUGGGGCACGGAGGCCCACGGGGACUUCCCCACAGCUGACAACAGGAGUGACUAGAUCCUCGGGGACCAGGUGGCCCCUUACUUCCAAGGCUCAGCAUGGAGGGCUUGCAGCUGUACCCGAGGGCACUGAGAUUGUCAACAUGGCUGCCACCUCCACCACCAUUGCGUGGCAGGGUUCUGCUGCCCAUCAACCUGAGAAGGCCGCAGAGGCCCCCUCCACUGAGACCCCUUCCACCCUGGGCCCCUCCACCCAGGUCGCCUCCACCCAGUCUCCCACCAUUUCUCAUUCACCCCUAGAGGAAAAUGUUGGGCCUGAAGACCAACCCGUGUGGGUCCAGGGACAGAGCCCUACUCCAGAGAACUCUCCAGAACCCAAGGAGAUGGGUCCUGUUCCAGCUCACACUGAUGUUUUCCAGGACUGGGGGCCUAGCAGCGUGGCCCAUCCUUCUGUGGCCCCCAUUUCCUCUGAAGGAACCUCCAGCCGGGAGCCAGUGGCCUCAGGCAGCUGGGCCCCCAAGGUUGAGGAACCCAUCCAUGCCACAGCAGACCCCCAGAGGCAGAGUGUCCUUGUUACUCCUGUCCCUGACUCCCAGGUAGCCACUCGGAGACAGGCAGUAGGGCUGCUGGCCUUCCUCGGUCUUCUUUUCUGUCUGGGAGUGGCUAUGUUUGCCUACCAGAGCCUCCAGGGCUGUCCCCGCAAAGUGGCUGGGGAAAUGGUGGAAGGCCUUCGCUGUGUCCCCCGGAGCUGUGGCAGUAACUCAUAUGUCCUGGUGCCAGUGUGAGCUGCCUUCAUCCAAUCAUUUGACUGAGACAGAUUCCUGGGGGCCCCCAUCCUCAUACCCACCUCACCCCAGGGCCUGGCCUGAGCUGGGGUGAUGGGAAUGGGGAGGCAGGGUCCUCAGGGUCCUCCAGGUGCAAACCGCUCCAAGCUCCCAGGUGUAGCCCAGGAGGCCACUUUUGACCUUUCUCUACCUAUCAGGAACAGAGGGGGUGGCCUCCCAACUCUCCCAAACCUGAACACUCCUCUGCUGCUGGCUGGUUAGAGGCUCCCUGACACGGUCCCAGUCCUAGUGAAUAACUAUUUAUUGACUACCCAGCCCCUGACCCCCACCUCCCUGUGAACACGUGGUCCUCCCAUCU